CUUGUUACUAUGGUUUAUGGGAACUGCAUUCAAAUAAUACAAAAUAAUGAUUAAUGUACGCCUAUUUUUUUUUAAUUACAUGACAAUUUUUUUUUUAAUUAAUUUAAUAUUUUUAUUUCACAUAACUUGGAGUUUCAUCAGAGCAUGGUCUGAGCAGACAGUCUUGCGGUGUGUCAGUGUACAGUCUCCCUGCCUGCCUGCCUGCCUGCCUGCCUGCCUCUCAUACUGUAUUUGUCAGUAUAUUGACGUGUAGUUAGCAGAUGGAGCAGGGCUGGCUGAUCUCUGCCUCCAGAGGUCAUUCUCACUACAGUUGCCACUUGUUGCCAAAGCAGCUCGGGGCUCCACCAUUCAACACCAAACACAUUUCAAGUAUUUAUUCAUUCAGCUCAACUAUAUCGAGACCUAUACAUAAUCUGGAUGUUGAAUGCGGAGCGUCACCAGCAGGACUGAAGGAAGGAAAGGAAGACUCUUGUGAUCCGGUUCAUAGAUAUUUGUUUCUGCGCAUCUUGACGGAGAAGAAGCAUGGUUGAUAACGCAAGUAUAGCAACUAAAUCUGCUUUGCACGGCUCCUUCUCGUCCUCCAGCAGCCUCUCCCUCCAGCCUCCCUCCUCCUCCGCCUCUCACGCUCCGUUCCCCGGCCACCAGUCCCACCAGCAGCAGCCCGCCUCCAGCAGCAGCAGCAGCAGCGGCAGCGGCGGCGGCGGCAUGAAGCUCGAGGCGGUCAUGGAGAACCUGCAGCGGCAACAGGCGGCGCGUUUAGCCCUGGAGGAGAAGCUCCGGCAGGCGGAGACGGAGAAAGACCUCCGCUCCAUGGUGGAGUCCCAGAUACACCAACAAGCUCUGGCUUUUCGCCACUACCAGGCGGCGAUGCGAGGCGCCCUGGCCGCCGGAGGAGUCACCAACAACAACAACAACUCGACGCUCCCGCUCAUGGAGGUCCGCAGCAGAGACUCGGAGCGGGACAUGGAGGAGAACGAGGAGGGUGACAUGGAGGAGCAAGAGAUCAUGGAUGAAGAAGAAGAAGAAGAAGAAGAAGAGGAGGAGGAGGGCGAAGGCGACGCCGGGUUGAACCACUACCUGCACCGGCAGCCCUCCUCGCUCCUCCAGGGAGCCUGUCUGCCUCCGAAGAGCCACCCGGUGCAGCUCAUGGCCUGCAGAGUCCCGGCUGCUGCCUUCGCUCCGGCUCCGGCGCGCCGCGCAGAGUCUCCAUCAGCGCACCCGCAGCCACAGCACCACGACUGGACCUACGAGGAGCAGUUCAAGCAGUUGUAUGAAUUGGAUGAUGAUGAAAAGCGCAAAGAGUUUCUUGAUGAUCUUUUCAGUUUCAUGCAGAAACGGGGGACUCCAGUGAAUCGGAUUCCUAUCAUGGCCAAGCAGGUGUUGGAUCUCUACAUGCUCUACAAGCUCGUCACAGAAAAAGGCGGCUUAGUGGAAGUCAUCAAUAAGAAAAUAUGGCGUGAGAUCACCAAAGGCCUUAACCUCCCUACCUCCAUUACCAGUGCAGCUUUCACUCUCCGAACACAGUAUAUGAAGUACCUCUACCCGUAUGAAUGUGAAAAGCGGGGACUGAGCUCCCCCGGUGAGCUUCAGGCAGCUAUCGACAGCAACCGGCGGGAAGGCCGUCGGCAGAGCUACGGCUCCGCCAUCUUCAACUACUCUCCUGUGGGCACCCCCACCCUCCUGUCCUCACCAAAGAUGCACAUGUCCCACCUAUCUAUGCCCAUUCACAACAGUGGCCAUAUCUCCCAGGUGCCUGUGAUCAAGAAAGUCUUUUUCUCUCCAGAGGAGUCCAUGAUGGCCAGCUGCCUGCCUAGCCGCGUGGCCCUCCCCAUGUCACCCAGCGGCCAUCACGCAGCAGCUGUGGCCGCCCAGGUAGCCGCAUCUCAGGCAGCGGCGGCCGUCCAGGCUGCGGCCCUGGAACAGCUCAGAGAGAAGCUGGAGAGCGGCGAACCGCCAGAGAAGAAGAUGAUGAUGGUGGCGGAGGAGCAGCAGAGGAUCAUGCAACACGCCCUGCAGCAGAACCUGCUGGCGAUGGCCACCCAGCUGCCCCUCAACAUCAAACUCAACAACAGAGAUGAUAGACAAGAGACCGCAUUGAACCUGUCUACCAACGGCAUUAGCAGCAUCAACAUGUCAAUAGAAAUAAAUGGAGUUGUCUACACAGGCGUCCUGUUUGCUCGGCAGUCGGCCAUAGCAGCGAUGACGGGUCAUCGUGGGAGACAUAGCAACUGUCAGACUCAGGGAAAGACCAGUCCACAGUUCCAGCCCUCGUGCUCCUCCUCUUCCUCGUCCUCGUCCUCUUCCUCACUCCACGGACACAAAAACUCCUCCCCGUGAGUUUCCUGUCCCUCCUCCCCCACUCCAUCAGGGAAGAGAUCCACUCUCUUCUCAAAGACACCAAGCAGUUGGAGACGUGAUCAUCAGAGAAAGCCUCCUUUCUCUCCAUCCACUCGAUCAGAUUCCUUUUAGUUCAGCUAACAACAGGUUGAAACGCAGCAACCAUAUUUACCGGCAAGAAAUCCUCCAGUCCCCCUUUUUUCCCCACUCGUCCUGCUCCGACAUUUAACCUUUGUGUGUUAACAUUGUCUUUCACGUCGUCAAAGACAUCUGUUCUGUGUGUGGAACACUUCAAAAGGCUUAAGGUACAACCUGGAUGAAGCCAAAUGAAGACUUCCCACUUGUGCAUCAUUUCAAUCAAAAGAUGAGGGCAGCUGAGCAGCUGACCUUCGGCAAGAAAUUACAGUCGUUGAUGAUGUUUGUAGGCUUUAUGACAGACCUCAGAAACUCACCGCUUACAGCUGAUACCAAAGAAGAAAACAAAUCUAUACUGGUUCAACACGUCCAGCAUUUAAAGUGAGCUUUAGUGUCGAUGAUCAAAACCUGAAGAUUAGAGCUCCGAUACAAACAGACCCAAGAGCACAUCCCAAGUGGAAAUCAUCAUGUAUUCUGUAGAAACAGUACGGUCUCAUGUUCCAUUGGACAGUUGGUUAAUAAUGUCUCAACAUAUAGCCAACAAAAGUGAUGUAUGUUAGAGAUGUUCCAAUACCAUAUUGGCCGAUACUGACUAACAAUCCCAUACCAGUGCGCUAAAAACAUGUCGCCAUUUUUCUUCAUGUGCAACCCUUAACAUGAGAUGAGAAAGAAGCGAGAUGGUCACUCGUUAACUACUUCCAUCAUCGAUUCCAGACGCAGGAGCCGAUGAUGGAAGUAGCUAUAAUGUGUGAGCCAUCUCGCUUCUUUCUCAUCUCUGUUGAGAACUGCAUAUGCAAGAUGUAUGGAUCGGAUAGCGAGUGAUGCGUGUUGUUGUUCCUGUUCCUUUGUAGUGUAAAUGAGCAGAUAAAUUAUAUGAUAAUGUGAUAUCCGAUCAGUGCAUAGACUCGCAUAUUCGCCGAUUCACGAUCGGCUGUAUCGGAGGCAUCGGUAUUGGAACAACUCUAAUGUACGUGAACAUCCGCGCAGUAACAUUAGAAGGGAGAGUGGAGAGUCUAAUAUGUGGAUUUCUUUCAAGUGCAGUUUCCUGACAUAGUCAGCUCAGUCCACAGACAAUCAGCAACUUGUUAGCUAGCUAACUAGCCAGCAGGUCAAUGGAACCAAAGCAAAUUAAAGUUAACACAUAGAUCGAUCCACGAGCGACAAACCGUAUGUCCCAUUCCCAUAUUGUAAAACUAAUACUAUACAUAUCAGGAUCAGAUUAGGGAUCUGUUAGGGGCCCUGGUGGCAAAAAUGGGCUGUCAGUCAGCAAGUAUUACACUGGAUUACUACCCUGCCCCAGGCCUAAUGUGUGUCAGUUAGUUUAAUUUAAGUGAGCAUGUUUUUUUUUAAGGAUAUGCACAUGUAAGCACAAUAUCAACUCAAAUAUGUAUUAAAACUUCAUUUUCACACAGGGUCCCUCGACAAGACAGGUUUUUUUUUAAUUUGGGCUUUAGUGGUGCACAGUACCGGAAAUUAUAAUAUUAAUAUUAGUAAUAAUCAAAUGAGUCCAAAGUAGUAGUUUCGGGCCCCAGGGCAGUUGCCAGCUCUGCACCACUAAAACACACAGUAUACAAGAAGAAAAUGAGGAAAUGCACAUGAGCACAGUCAAUUACUCUGAGCAGAACAUCACCGGACAUUUCAAAUUAGAAGAUCCAACCAAAGAUUUAUCAUUAACAACGCCAGCCACCAGUUUUCCACAUCUUUCCAGAUGUGGAUGAUGUCCUAUUAUAAGAACUCAAUGCCAGACAUCCAUUUAUUCAUAAACUUUCAUAUGAUGUCACGCACAAAAAAAAUAUUUUGUAGGCUCUGGUAGGGCUUUACAAUUAUUACAUUUUCAUGGUUUGAUUUCUUUAAUACAAUGUAUUAACUGACCCUCAACAGUUUACCAGACAUCUCUUUUAUAAUGGUGGUCUAUGAGGAGGGAUUUGUUAAAGCAGUAGUGAGGUUAUAGCCACUGGGACAAAUAGGCAGCAACGUAUCUGUUAUGUUGCGCAUUGCAUUCUGGGACAUAAACACAGCAUUAAAAAAAAAACUCUUUUAAACAGUUAGGAUGAGUUCAUGAUAUGCAUUUGGGACACAGUUAUUGGCUUGUAGUACGUUAGUUAGUGUACUAAUCAAAUGUAUUGUCAACGACUAUGUUAGCUGACCAGAUCAUUAGCUAAACAGAGAAUUCUUCAUACGAAUCAAUGAUGAAAUAAUGUGUUAAAGAGGACCUCCUAUAUGGCCACUGGAAGAAGUAUUACAUCACUUUACUGUGGAAGGCUGCUGCUGACACUAAUAUAGCCUUUAUUCCCCUCUCAGUUUUCUUUUGUUGUGAUCACAAAAUAAGGGAUUUUGACAUGCCUGAUCACAAGAACAUGUCGUUUUGAUCAUAGAAUACAUUUCUUUAGAAGAAGGAAGUAGAGAUCACAAAAAUAUAAAAACAUAAAUUAGUUUUAAAACAAGCUCAAGAUCAAACAAUAUCUUUCUCGUGGUGACCAGACAAAGUACAUUUUUUCAAAAUCCGGUCCUCUCUGCCUUCCAGAGUGUACGCAGACAUUGACAGCUUAAAUUGAUGUGAUGGCGAGCAUUGUUGCGGUCCAAUGAUUUCCUCACUUCCUCAUUACAGUAAAUAUUGCGAUCGACAUCAUUGCUCCACCGUCGUGGUCAGAAAUACUUACAAAAAAAUCUCUGCCGAGGCUGAGUGCGGUAGAGCGACAGCACACGAGAUUGCAUUGUUCUUUGAAGAAAUCUUCUGCAACGCACAUUGAGUAAAAAGCCAGGACCACUAUCAUGUAGAAAAAUAUCAGUAAUGUUUGUUAAGCACAAAGCUGAUGUGACAGAGUCCACGGGAAGAAAUGAAUCAAGAGUCCUCGAACGGCAUUGAAUUCAUUGUAGAAACGACGUGACGGAAAGAGUAGAAGCACUUCAGCCUUUAGGCAGCAAGUGAUCAGAAAUAAAGGAGGUGACAACAGGACAUACAAAGACAUGUAGUCUGAAGGAAACUGUCAUCAGUCACUCUGUACUUUUAUAUUGUGAAUAGAAUCCAGGUUUCUUUUUCUUUUUUUUAGUAAUGCACUUGUGUCUAACAUCAGAGAACUUCUCCCUCUUUCAUUUUCUUCUCUUUCUUUCUUUCUUUCUUUCUCAGCUUUCAUAAAGAUAUAAAAUAUUUUCUUUAUUGUGAAGGGAAAUGGGAACCAGUUUGAAGAUAUAUGGGUUUUUAUUAAGUCUGUUAAAGCAUUUAAUUGCAGAUUUUAUUUAUUAUGUUUUAUAUUCGAUCCUGCAAACGCUGCAUUCAGCUCCACCACUUUGUUUGCAAAACCCUUUUUAAGAGUCUUCUUGAAUGCAGUUACCUCACCAAUCUACCUGUAUAUAGUCAUAGUAAAGUAUGAAUACAAGAUAUACCUCAUAAAUUUCAUUUAUUUUUUAUUGUACAGCCACCUGAAAAUCAAUGUUUUAUUUCAACAGAUCACUGGAUUUUACUUUUGAUUUUUUUUUUUUUUUCAUAUUUUGUAUGAUUAUACCAAAGAAGGGAAUAUUUUAUUGACACACAUCUACCUCAUUUGUUAUAGACUGUGCCAACAAGCAUGUCCACAAUCUUAAUUGCCAGUGUAUUCAUGGUGUUUCAUAUCCAUGUAUUUGUGUGAACACAAAAUGCUUUUCAGUCAAAAAACAAACAAAAAAAAAAACAAUAGAUUAGGCUAAAGAAUUCAGCAACAUGUUCAAAGUGCUUUUUACGUUGGGUGUUGUGCCGGCGCAACAAAACAGCCUUUUGUGGGACACAGUAGGGACGCUUGUCAAAAUGAGUCCAAUCUGCAUGAAAACGUGAUUAUACAGUAAAGAGGAAGACAGCACCUUGUAACAAUGAAUGGCACAGGUUUGAUAUUUGUCCUGUCGGCAGUGGGGCCUGAGGAUGGCGCUGUUCACAUCCGUCAUGGUUAAGCAAAUGUGCUUAUGUAACAAUGUUUGUUCUUCUAAAUGUCCUCUUUCACCGAUAAAGACUGUGAGAUGCGGUUGAAAAAGCUAGCAAGUGGACCUUCGAGCUGAGAUUAUGCUGUCACACUGUUCCUAAAGUCAAGAUUAGAGCCCGAUAUUAUCAACCGAUAUUAACUUAUAGUCCAGUAUAUCAUACCGGCUGAUAAGUAAUACGAAAUGUGAAAGAUAUUUGAGGGGAUUUAUAAAAAAACAGUAGCCGUGUGUCGUGUUUCAUUUCGACUUCAAGUGAAUUUUAAGCAAACUUUUGAAAUGUCGCAAAACAAAAAUGCAAAUUAGGCGCGUAUCCAUCAACUGCUUUGGCGCAAAUGAAGUCGGCUACACCGUUUAGUCAGAUGUCGGCGCUAUAGGCUACGCAUGGCUGUUAUCCGCCAGUAAACAGAGAAGAAGAAGUAGAGGGUUGCGAACCAGAAACAAGACAAUUCUCCUUGGCCAUCUAACCCAUGUACGAUAGAAAAAUGGAGAGAGGUCUUCAGGAAUUUCGUUCAAUUGGGCAAGUUUUAAUAGUUCCUUCAUGUCAGCGAGUAUCGGCCAUGUUUCAUGUUGUCCGAAGACAAGCAUUUGCACAUUAUUGGAAUAUCUGGGAAGACGUCGACAGCGGAAACAGCUGGUCAAUCAUGUGACUUAAAUGUUCGCUACGUCAGAAUUAAUUCAGACAAAAAACACCUCAAGUGAGCGUAAAAAGUUUUUUGUGCAAUUUAGAAAGUUUUAUUGAAUUUAGCUGUUUCCAUACAACUUUCUAAUACGAAAAUGCAAAUAAAAAAUAUGUGAAUGGAUUCAAGCUACUUUCCACAUUACAGAGUUUGUCCACCAGAGAGCUCUGACAAGUUGUUUUUUUACACUAUAAAAUGUCCCGCUCACUUCGUGUGUUGGUCACAAUUCUAUAAGAACCACAUAUAAGGAUCCUUGUUAAAAAUAUGUAUGUUGUGUGUUUAUUUAUAGUUAAAACCAAUACAGGCCAAUAUUAAAUUGGAUUUGUUUUUUAACUCACAAACAUUGAUAUUAUCUACCUCAAACAUCCAGUUUUGCCCGAGGCUAUAGUUAGGAUUGAACCUCCAUGCUCAAGUCUUGAAAGUACCUCCUGCAUGUCCGAUUAGACAUGUUCAUUGCCCGCGUUGCCAGUUUUGCUCUCUGCUUCGUCCACACAGCUCAGAAAAAUUUAAUUCCACAAGUUCCAUAAUAACAGCAUCUCAAGGUCGUACUCUAGUAUUCAGCUAAAUGGACUGGGUGCCAUUUUUCACACAAUAGUUGUGUACAAGCAACAACAAUGAGGUUUGGCCAGAUUUCCAUGAAGUUAUGUUCAACAGUGUUGGCCUGUUUCUGCAAACCACAGGAUACGCUGAAUAUCGAUGUUUCUGAAUUUGAUUUUGUCGCUUGUUACAGUUGUUAAUACUACGUGACUUUCAUACCACCUUAACAGUUGCUCAAUAUACUACGUCACAUGCUCUGACCGAAUGCAAAAACGUUGACAACCUGUCCGUGGUUUGCAGAAACGUACGAUGCUAAAAAACAAUUAAUGACACCGUGACCUUUUGUGUACGCCACCCUCAGGACAAACAGCUCCACUACUGAUAAAGAACAGCCUUGAUGUGUGCUCGUUUGGUUGCUGUCCUCCUCACCUGAUCUCCUCGUCUGAUUUUUUCACGCAGAUUGUUCACAGUUGUUGAUUUAAAAUGCUAUGACUAGUUCGGUGUCAUGAUGACAGUGUAACGCUCCAGGCUGAUUACUGGUGAUGAAGCUAAUAAUAUAUUGUGUGACUGUAUGUAUAGAUGGUGAUGUUGAAAUUGUACAAACACAAUCGUUGAAGCAGAGGACAAUCCUCAGCCAAUAAGAUGAGCUGACUCCUCAGCUGUCAGUUGAGCUGUUGAAGGUGGUUGUGCUUUAUAAAUCUCAUGUUUACUUGAAAUGUGUUCUUUAGCAAUCAGACAAUUCUGCAGGUAGACACAGCGAAGGUCCAAUGAAAGAAUCACUUCCUUGUGCACCAUCAAAGUUGGCAUUGCAUCCUUUAACACUGAAGCAAUGAUAAUUAAUGGACUUAAGUACUCUGUCUUCUCAAAGCAGCUGGACAGACAGAUGUUUAUCAACCCUUAACAGAGUUGCAAAGUGGGAGAAGUUAUUUUAGGCAUCCAGGAUUGUGGAAGUAAAAGCCCAGUUCAUUUACAUAGAAAAUAGACAAUUGCAGCCCUCAAAUUUACAAGCAUGUGGACAUUAAAACCUGAGGGAGAUGCGUCAACUACGACUCUCAAGGUGCUUUUCAGUAUGAAUUAUUUUGGUCUGAUGUCACUGCUCCAGCACAUUGCAAAGAAAAUUAUACCUGCAACAACAGACUGGUAAAAAAACAAACAUAUUGUUGCACACAUUAAAGGAACUGAGUUUCCUCAGGAAGUAUAGAGUCCGCUCUGUCCUUUCCUGUAAACAGCCUCGGUGAUACAUUUCCAGUCCAGUCUGUUGUCAAGGUGAACAGGAGGAGAUCAUUAAAAAGAAACAUAUAAAUUGUAGCUGCUUCUUCCACUUCACAACUCUGUGUCACGGCUAAUGUCCAGAUUCUGUAGGAUUGUCUUGGGUCCAUUCACCUUAUUAUUACCAUUUGUGAUGAUGAAUUAUGUACAUACUGGACCAGGAACCCAGACAUUUCAGUCAAUCUGAGGCUCAGAAUAUUGAAAAUACAAACUCAUUGGGUGGUUUGGAGACUUUUAAAGUGGAAAAAAUCAAACAACGUCAGGCAGACGUGAAGUAACAAGAAAAACUUGGUUUAUUUCAACAGAGAAAGGCAUCGCACCUAUUUCAAAUGUUAUCAGCCAUUUGAAUGGGCGUGAUCAGCGGUUAUCACAAUACCAUUCUGACGGGCCACACUGCACCUUUAGGUUUAGGCAACAAAACUACUUGGUUAUGUUCAGGAAAAGAUUUGUUACAUAAAAUAAUUAAAUUUGUUGCGUAACUUACAUACGUGGCGUUAGUUAAUUACAUAAGUUACGUAACAAAAUUACAGUAAAAUAAGUCAACGUUGACUUUUGGUUCCAUACAGCGGUCUCCCGGGUGAAAGUCCCGUGUUUGUUUAACCCAACCAUCCACAUUGUCCUCCUCCCUAUGAGGACUUUGUCGUUCUUUACGCUACAUCACCAAUUCCUCUUUUGCGCCCGGCUACUACGGCCACUAGAGGUCGCCAUGGUCUUCUUGUAUUUGUAUCGGUGAUCAACCAUGUGAAUAGAAAACUAGUAGGUGUUGCAGGCCCCUUCUAACCCAUGAGGCUAAUAACCGCUGAUAAAAACCCAUUCAAUCGGCUGAUAACAUUCGAAGCAGGUGGGCGUCUUCCAUUUCAGUCAAUACAAACACAAAUUCAGUCAGCGGGUGGGGAAGAAAUCUUCGAUUUUAUAGUAUGUAUUUAAAUCUCCAAAGUUGCAAAGGAGAUUGCCUACCACCCGGUGAGUUUGUAUUUUUAACAUUCCCCCCCCCCCAAAUAAAUAUUAAAAAUCUGAGCAACUCAAAUGUCCAUGAGAUGGCUAUCCAAGAUCGUGAUGCACAGUGUGAUGCCCCUGGAUCGGGGCCUCAUUCAGGACAGUGUACAUUUUCUACUUCCGUGAUCCAGGAGCUCCUCAUAGGACAGCCCUGUCUCACAUCCUGUAAACGGAGCACCGGCACAGUCUAUUCUCCAGCCUCUCCUCCUGUACAUACCUGCUGAAUGAUGCCAAUCACUGUACACUUCAGAUGGAAUCACUGGCAUUCUUCUCACCAAAGAGUUUUUUCCAAGUUGUGACCACACUCACAUGAUUUUUAGGUCAUAACCAACAGCAGAGCAGACAAGCAAAGAGAAAGCGACAGCUCUGCAUGCAGAAAAAAAAGAAAAAUAAUUGACUUAUGUAAUCAAAUAACAUGUUGUUUACUUUGUAUUAUGCUAUGCUGGUAGUUUUUAGACACUAAUCGCUUUAUUAGCUGUGUAUGAAGCUUUAAAUGUUUCUUUUAUUUUCCCUUUCGUUCAUCUUGGAUAAAUCCAGUGCAUUAUGUGAAUGCUGGAUUGUGGUGCUCAGGGGUUAAAAAUGUACAAAAAAGAGGUGAAAGAGAUUUUCCUGUUUUGCCAUUUGACUUGUAGCGUAUUUAGAAAUAAAAUCAUGCUUUUAACUUCA